AUGUUCAGGAACAACUACGACAACGACUCGGUCACCUUCUCGCCACAAGGCCGCAUCUUCCAGGUCGAAUACGCACAAGAGGCGGUCAAGCAGGGUUCAGUCGUCGUGGGCAUUGUCAGCAAGACACACGCAGUUCUCGCAGCAAUCAAGCGAAAUGCCGAGGAACUCUCUUCAUACCAGAAGAAGAUCAUCCCGAUAGAUUCCCACUUUGGUGUCGCCCUCGCCGGACUCGCCUCCGACGCCCGCGUCCUCUCCAACUUCAUGAAGCAACAAUCCCUCGCAUCCCGCCUCACCUACGACCGCGCCAUCCCCCUCUCCGAGAUCACCUCCCGCAUCGCAGACCGUGCCCAGACCAACACACAGCAGUACGGCCGGAGACCCUACGGCGUGGGCCUGCUCAUUGCCGGCGUUGACGCAAAGGGCCCGCAUCUGUUCGAGUUCCAGCCCAGCGGUGUCACACAGGAGAUGGUCGCAUGUGGUAUCGGCGCUAGGAGUCAAAUGGCGAGGACAUACCUCGAGAGGCAUCUGGACGACUUUGAGAACGCUAGCCGGGAGGAGCUGAUCAAGCAUGCAUUGAGAGCACUGAAGGAGUCGCUAUCGCAGGACAAGGAGUUGACUGUUGACAACACCAGCGUCGGCAUCAGUGGCGUCGGCGAGGACUUUGUACACCAUGAAGGCCAGGAUAUCGCCGAGUGGUUGGAUGCUACGUUUGAGAAUAGGGAGGGCGGGGAUGAGGCCGAGGUUUACCUCCAAACCCGUUCUGCACGUGACCUCGAGCUCCGCCCGGCAUGCGCGAAAUCUCGCCGUAGCUCAGCACUUGCACCUCACCACCGCACCUCACCCGCCCACACUCACCCACGAAACCCCAACGAACCUACCAUCACAAUGGCAUUCGCGUGGAAAGCCGCCGGUCUCACCUACAACCGCUACAUUGCCGUCGCAUCGCGCGUCGUGCGCCGCUCGCUCAAGGAGGACAAGCGCAUUGCUGCUGAGCGCAGGGGCGAGAGCGAACUCCGAUUCGCCAAGUGGGAGAACGGCAAGCAGGGCGAGAUGAAGGACCUCAACGCUGCGGCUCUCCAGGCCCAGGCUGAUGCUGCCAAGACCUCGUAA